AAAAACAACUGCAACAAAAGAAUGUAUUUCUCCCCCCUUCUGGAAGUCAACAUGAAGUCUGAAUCUAACAUUACAGUUCGAGAUGCCAUUGACGACAUCGACACCAACAUGUACCGGCCACUGUCAUACCCAUUAAGCUUUCAAGUUUCUCUCACUGGAUUUUUGAUGUUAGAAAUUGUUUUGGGACUUGGCAGCAAUCUCACCGUACUGGUACUUUACUGUAUGAAAUCCAACUUAAUCAAUUCUGUCAGUAACAUAAUUACAAUGAACCUUCAUGUACUUGAUGUAAUAAUUUGUGUGGGAUGUAUUCCUCUAACUAUAGUUAUCCUUCUGCUUUCACUGGAGAGUAACACCGCUCUCAUCUGCUGCUUCCACGAGGCUUGUGUAUCUUUUGCAAGCGUUUCAACUGCAAUCAACGUCUUUGCUAUCACUCUGGACAGAUACGACAUCUCCGUAAAACCUGCCAAUCGAAUUCUGACCAUGGGAAGGGCUGUGAUAUUAAUGACAUCAAUAUGGAUAAUUUCACUUUUUUCCUUCCUGAUUCCUUUCAUUGAAGUCAACUUUUUCAGUCUUCGAAGUGCAAGUACUUGGGAGAAUAAGACACUUUUGUGCGUGAGCACAAACGAGUACCACACUGAGCUAGGAAUGUACUACCACCUCCUCGUUCAGAUUCCAAUCUUUUUCUUCACAGUUGUAGUAAUGCUAAUUACAUACACCAAAAUACUCCAGGCUCUAAACAUUCGGAUUGGUACAAGAUUUACAACGGGACAAAAGAAAAAAGCUAGAAAGAAAAAAACUAUUUCUUUGACCACUCAGCAUGAGACCACAGACAUGUCCCACAGCAGCGGAGGAAGAAACGUCGUCUUUGGCGUAAGGACUUCUGUGUCUGUCAUAAUUGCUCUACGCCGAGCUGUAAAACGGCAUCGGGAGCGACGAGAACGGCAAAAGAGAGUCUUCAGAAUGUCCCUCUUGAUUAUCUCAACAUUCCUUCUCUGCUGGACACCCAUCUCUGUUUUAAACACCACCAUCUUAUGUUUGGGCCCAAGUGACCUUUUGGUAAAGUUGCGAUUAUGUUUUCUAGUAAUGGCAUAUGGAACAACUAUAUUUCACCCUCUACUUUAUGCAUUCACAAGGCAAAAGUUUCAGAAAGUUCUGAAAAGUAAGAUGAAAAAGCGAGUUGUUUCAAUAGUGGAAGCAGAUCCCAUGCCAAAUAACGCUGUAAUACACAACUCAUGGAUAGAGCCUAAAAGGAACAAAAAGAUUACCUUCGAAGACAAUGAAGUAAGGCAGAAAUGUUUAGUACCUCAGGUUGUCACUGACUAG